AUGGCCGCCAAUUUCUGCGGUUGGACACUUCAGUCACCGUUUCUCUCUAACUUUAAACGCGCAUCGGUCAAAUCUCCCUUCAUACGAUCGUCUUCUUCAUCAUCCUCAUCCAAUGGCAAUCUUCCCAUCAAGAAAUCAUUCCCUGGUGAGCCUGAAGCAGAUGUUGUGGUUAUUGGAAGUGGCAUAGGUGGAUUAUGUUGUGGUGCAUUGUUAGCUAGGUACAAUCAAGAUGUGCUCGUCCUCGAAAGCCACGACCUUCCCGGUGGCGCUGCUCACUCCUUUGAGGUCAAAGGUUACAAAUUUGACUCAGGCCCGUCUCUGUUUUCAGGGUUACAAUCACGAGGCCCUCAAGCAAACCCACUUGCUCAAGUUUUAGAUGCUUUAGGAGAAUCACUUCCAUGUGCUAAGUAUGAUUCUUGGAUGGUCUACUUACCAGAAGGAGAUUUCUUGUCACGCAUUGGCCCUACCGAUUUCUUCAAGGAUCUAGCGAAAUAUGCAGGCCCUAACGCAGUCCAAGAAUGGGAGAAGCUUCUUGGAGCAAUACUCCCUCUGUCUUCUGCUGCUAUGGCAUUACCACCAUUGUCUAUUCGUGGAGAUCUUGGUGUUCUCUCCACAGCUGCUGCUAGAUAUGCUCCUUCACUCUUGAAAUCUUUCAUCAAAAUGGGACCUAAAGGAGCAUUGGGAGCCACAAAGCUUCUCCGUCCUUUUGUGGAGAUCGUUGAUUCUUUGGAGUUGAAAGACCCGUUUGUUCGAAACUGGAUUGAUCUUCUUGCUUUCCUUCUCGCUGGUGUCAAAUCUGAUGGCAUACUUUCAGCAGAGAUGAUCUACAUGUUUGCCGAAUGGUACAAGCCAGGCUGCACGUUAGAGUACCCUAUCGAUGGUACCGGCGCAGUGGUUGAAGCGCUUGUCCGUGGCUUGGAGAAGUUUGGUGGACGUUUGUCACUUAAGAGCCAUGUUGAAAACAUUGUCAUAGAGAAUGGUAAAGCUGUUGGAGUCAAGCUCAAGAACGGUCAAUUUGUUCGAGCAAGAAAGGCUGUAGUGAGCAACGCAUCGAUGUGGGACACGUUAAAGCUCUUACCUCCAGGAGCUCUUCCAGACUCAUACGUUAAGGGUGUGAACAAAACGCCACAAUGUGAAUCUUUCAUGCAUCUUCACUUGGGAUUCGACGCAAAGGAACAAGGAAUAGCAGAUGAUCUUGAGAUUCAUCAUAUUGUUGUCAACGACUGGGACCGAGGUGUGGAUGCUGACCAGAAUGUGGUUCUGAUAUCAGUCCCUAGCGUUCUUAGCCCGAACCUCGCACCCCCGGGGAAACAUGUUCUGCAUGCUUACUUGCCAGGCACGGAACCUUUUGAUCUCUGGGAAGGUCUUGACAGGAGAAGUGACGAGUACAAGAAUCUCAAAGCUCAACGUUCCGAGGUAAUGUGGAAAGCGGUGGAGAGGGCGUUAGGGCCAGGGUUUAAGAGGGAGAAGUGUGAGGUGAGUAUGGUGGGAACGCCGUUGACGCAUCAGAGGUUUCUCAGGAGGAAUAGAGGAACAUAUGGGCCUGCGAUAGAGGCCGGGAAAGGUACGUUUCCUGGCCAUUCUACUCCCAUUCCGCAGCUUAUGUGUUGCGGUGACUCGACCUUUCCCGGGAUCGGAGUUCCUGCCGUGGCUGCUAGUGGUGCGAUUGUGGCGAACUCGCUUGUUACUGUUUCUAAGCAUUCUGAGCUUCUUGAUGCUAUAGGGUUGUAG